UUUCUCAGUGUCAAGCUUAAGGCAAACAUGAACGGCAGCAUCUCAAUCUCUCAGUGGCUGGCUCUGCUUAUCUGCGUUGGCCUUAUCAGUCUGAGCACAGGCGAUGCGAGUGCGGCUAGCACAGUUUCCUUGACCGUGAAAGAGAUUGAACGGCUCUACAAUGAGGUGUUGCAGACCAGCUUGGCUGACGCCCGGGCAAGACUGAGCCAUUUAAACGAUAGCAAUGCCAUUGAUAGGCAAUAUUUUGAUGAGCUCGACAAGAUUGUGGACACUGAGAGUUACUAUAGCAGCGCAUACUUUAUAUUUGCCCUGAUCAAUAGCUCCCUGUUCGAACGAGCACAGCCAGACCAGCUGUUGCUGCAGGUGCUGCCGGGCGAGAAGAUCUGUAUACGAAACUUUUUCGUCAAAGUUCGGUUGGAAUUGCUGAAAUACUUUGCAACCAGUGAACAGACCAAAGUCGAACUAAUACGAAAUGUAUCGCGCUGGCAACAGGAAACUGGAAAUAGUAUCGUGCUGGCCUUCUUAGAGUUUCCACAGAAACUGCAACAUCAGGUGCCAGAGCUACAAUUGAUGGACUAUAUGCGGCAGGCAAGGGGCUUAGUAGAGGGCAUUACACAAGCAUUACAAGCAACUUUACCAUAAUAAUCAAAGAAUAUGCGUAGAAAAUGUUUUUUUUUUGUAUAAUUUUUAACUACCUACAAAGUUUCUAUUCUAUAUCACAAAGUAUAUAUAUUCCUGAUCAACAGCCGAGUUGAUUUGAAGAACAUACUUGAAGUUUUUUUUUUGCUGUAGCUGAAGUCGGAGUUGGACAGAUUGGAUCUCUAUAUCAUACAACUCCCAUUGGCACAAUCGGUGUAAUGUAAAAAUCUUGUAGAUUAAAAAAAUAUCGUGUUAAAUGCGAUUUUCAUUAUGUUCCUAGCAUAUUACCAACAUAUUAUCAGACACCGAUUACAAUAUAAUUUUGAUUAUACUCAAAGUCUCGCUCAUUAUGAUAAGCAGGAUAGAUCGCAAAUAAAAUAAUAAUUUAAAUAUAUAUUUAUAUAUAUUGCUUCUAUAAAAACAAUCUGCCGGAAAUCAAAUUUAUGUAUAAAAGCAUAAACGACAUGCUGUAAAAUCAUCAUAUAAACAUCAUAUAGAAAAGUA